AUGGUUGAGAGAGUUCGAGAAAAUCGCACCGGUAUCCAGAACAAAAAGUUCCGUAAAUACCAGGCCCUGGAAGCUCUGCAGGAUCCUCAGAUGUGGUGCUACUGUGGCAUUCAGCUUUUUACAACCAUGCCCACAAGUGGCCUUGGGACAUUUGCUAAUAUUAUUAUCAAGGGGUUUGACUUCACAACUCUUCAAACCCAACUACUCUCUAUGGUGCUAGGAGCCUAUAUUAUUAUGGUAUUACUAUCAUCUGCUUGGAUUGUUAAAAGGACGGGUCAAAAUCUGAUAACCAUGGCAGCAUAUUGUAUACCCUCUUUUAUCGGUACAAUUGUCUUAAUGACUGUUCAGAAUACUAAUACCGCAACGAAAGCCGGAUUACUUCUCAGUUACUACAUUACUCUCUCUUUUUGGGCAGCCCAAGCCCUCACACUAUCGAUGAUAUCUCGAAAUAUCGCCGGACAGACAAAGAAGUCAACAGUCAUUGCUGCCAACUUCAUCGCAUGGGCGACUGGGAAUGCAAUCGCAUUCAGCAUCCAUCUUGCCUGUUAUACGCUCCUGGAAUUAAUUUUGAUAUACCUGCGGUUUCACCUUAAAAGUCAAAAUGCAAAGAAGGAUCAACUAGCAGCCGUCGAUGACACAAUAACGGGCACAUCAGAAGAUUUCGAUGGUUUUGAAGAUUUAACAGAUCGAGAAAAUCUUCGUUUCCGUUAUGUGUACUAG